AUGCCGCCCCAUUUGUCCUCGCCGUCGCCAUUUUUAAGGCGUUCGUUACUAUCCAUUCUAACUCGGGCGUUACCUGUUCUUUCUCAUGACGAAAACUCCUUCUUGCCCUUGAUCAACGACCUCUGGCCAUCCAUUAGCGCACGCAUCAACCUCUCACCAAAUUUCCUCUCCGAUUCCACGUCGCUUACAACAACGAAUACUGCCCCCAAACCAACCCGAAACAGCCCAACCAGCAUCGACGAAUCCGGCAUACAGGAAGAAACUUUUGUAACUGUCGCAGCUUGUUCUGCAAUAGGUGCUAUUUGCGAAGGAGCCGGCGACUUCAUGUCAUCCCGUAUUGAACAUGAAUACCCGCUUUGGCAGAAACUCUACCUCCGGUCCUGGGAGCAAGUGCGGCAUGAUUCAGAGAAGGCCGCAGAGCGCCAGCAGCUGCGAAUACGGCAGCAGGAGCUCCUCGGUUCUCGCACCGGGCCAGAGCUAGGAUUAAUAACACUUGGCAAUGGUAAUAGUUCUAUUGAUGGCAAACUUGCCGUAUCCACCGCCGUGGCCCCAACACUGAAGUCCAAUCCACCGCCGCAGCCACCACCAUUACCAAACAAGAAAUUAUUUACCCCCCAUCACUCCCUAUUCCAGGCUUUAACAAAUCUUUUCACAACUAUGCUCUCCCACGUCCGUCUGCCUGACGAUAUCAGUGAUGAUAUCUGCGAGUGUCUCGGUACAGCAGUCUCGUUCUACAAGCCCGAUUACUACUUCACAGGUGCAUGGCGUGAACAUAUGGGGUUAGAUGAGAAGAAAAAGACGGAGAAGUGGGCACAAGAAGAGUCAAGGGGAGAAAUUGAUAGAGCCAUUCGAACAAUGGAUGCGUGGAAUGCCGAUUUAACUUGGUUUAUUUUCACGAAGAGGAGGAGGGGUAGAGGUGAUGGUGGUGCGAGGGAUGGUGCUACUGACAAACUUCGGAGGGCCGAACGGAAUGUAGAGAAGAGGAUUGGCGAGAUGUUACGGAGAUGCAAUCCUAGGCCAAAGGAACAUAUUCAGAUAGAGUUGCUUUGGACGGGAAGGGGAAUAGGAAAGGGAAAUGGCUCAUGGCCGUUGGCGAAACUAGUUGAUUUAGUUUGA